AUGCAAUUCUCUAAGGUUAUUGUCGCUCUCGCUGCUGUCGCUUCUGUGCAAGCUGCUAACAACUCUUCUGAGUCCUCUACGGUCUCUACUGCCGGUGCUGCAGUCAACAGCUACGGUUCCGUCAUCUCGCUAGUGAGCUCCGAAGGGCAGAGCUUCGACGACGAGCUCGAGGUCACUAACUCUACAGACAGCGAAAACGAACUCAGCGAGGACAACAUAGGGCUCGAGGCCGCCAGACGCAGUCAGGCUCACGACUCUCAGAGUGGAACGCAAAAUGGAGCCCCCAGACGCUCCCCCCACGGAAGCCCCCACUCAAAGUCCCGCGAGCCUUCAACGACCUCUAUUGCACACUCUGCCGCACAGGACAGCCCGCACCUGGAACUCCCGCACAUCUCAGUGCACUCGCAGUCCUCUUCCGAGCCAGCAAACCCGCCCGUCGCGCGCGCGCCGUCGCCCAUUACCGGGGCGAUCCCACAAUCCACACAACUGUCCCCAUCAACAUCUCUUAGAAAAAAACUCCCCCAUCUGGCCAAACCCAUCGCCGUGCCGGCGCAACCACGGUACCGCGUGGGGCUGUCCAAACGAGCACGUGUCGAUCCUCUACAUCCCUACUUAAAGCAAAGCCAGCCGCGGCAGCCCUCAUAG